AUGACCGACGUCCAGCAGCAUCUGGGAGCUCUUGAUCCCGAGCCCCAGCCGGAACAGCGCGUGCGGAAGCGACGGCGCCGGACGAUGGCGUGUACGCAGUGUCGCAGUAGAAAGCUCCGAUGCGAUCGCGAGUACCCGGUCUGCGGCCGUUGCCAGAAGAGCAAGUCGCCCUCCAGUUGCACCUACGAAGAUGGCUUCCUUUGGCAGCAGCCCAAUACGGUUGCAUCGCCCGCGUUCUCCGACCGAGGUUCCACAGCCAUGGCUCAAUUGCCCCGAAUCGAUCGGACAAGCGCUGCCCACCCUACCCCGGACUCGGGGAUAAGCUCGCUGCCCUCUCGGCCUUUCCCGAGCCUGACGGGCAGGAAACCCGGCGAGGAGAAGCGAGACCGUUUCUUGGAGACCGUCCUGGGCGCCCCCAAGGCCGCCGUGAACCAGGAGCCCUAUGUGAACACUGAGGUGCUGCAGCGCCCGCGACCUUCCUCCGAGAAUCGUCGGGCCGCUCCCUCGCGCCCUCUCGAAGAUAAUGACAGUCCUCCUUCUCCUUCGCAGCAGUUGGACCUCAUGCCUCGCAUCAUGAUGAGGGGGAAGGAGACCAAGACGCGCUUCAACGGCUCGGGCAUUUUUGCCAACCUCAUCGCCCAGUUUCCCGACAUCAAAUCGUUUGCAGAAGAGAUUCGACUGGCCAGUCCUCAGCUUUCGGCGCUGCGGCCAGAUCUGUCCCGCGUGGCGAGGGGGCUGUGGAAGAGGAAGCCCCUCAACACGCCUAUUCCAAUGCCGGACACCACUUCUCUAACGAACAUGCUUCCCUCGCGGUGGGUUGUCGACGAGUUGGUGGUUCUCUACCUGACCUACAUCGAGUCCACCCACCGCAUCCUUCAUGUUCCCUCCUUUCUCAAGGAACUGGAUGAGUUCUGGGCACAGAAGGAGAACCCGGAGCUCGUUCCGCCGCACUUUGUUGUCCAGCUAUUGUUAGUCCUGGCGUGCGCUUGGGACCUGGCCGACUUCGACUCCCUGCAGGCGAAGAAUGAAUCUACGCUAGUCUGUUACACCGCUAUCGAAUGGGUGCUCCAUGCGGAAAAAUGGAUCGAGAACGCACAUAUCAAGCGGCCGGAGAUCACAACGCUACGUCUUUCUAUUCUCUUGGUUAUUGCGCAGAAUAUCCAUGGCAUGAAUCGGAGUAAAGCUUGGCUUGCCACGGGCACUUUGGCCAAGCAGGCUAUGCUGGCGGGUUACCACCGCGACCCCAGUCGGUACACCAAGAUUUCUACUUUCAAUAAAGAGAUGCGCCGGAGGGUUUGGACUACCAUUGUGGAGCUCGAUCUCCAGAUAUCCUUGGAGCGGGGGAUGCCGCCUUCCAUCCAAGAAACCGACUACGACACGCUCCCGCCGUCGAAUGUUAACGACAACGAGAUCCACGAGGACACGACUGAGCUUCCGCCGGGGAGGUCAUUGGACGAAUUGACAGAUUCGUCCUUUCAGUGUGUACUGACGCAGUCGCUCCCGCUGAGGCUCAAGGCAUGUGAGUUGAUGCAUUCCCCUCGGAUAAGUUGCCGCUACGAUGAAAUCCUCCGCAUGGACUGGGAGCUGAGCCGAUACCUCUCGAACAUCCCGCCCUGGUCGAUAUCCGGCGUUGAAGAUGUCCAGACCCAGCACAAAAUCACUUUAAUAAAAGCUCUGCUGGAGACCAAGAUUGCCCAGAGCCUGCUGUCCAUCCACACGCCAUUUGCCAUCGAGGCACAGCGGGAGCCACUUUUUGCUGCCUCUGCUCGCAGUCGCCUAGAGGUAUCCACCAUGAUUCUGGUCACCCAGCGACGCUUGUAUGAAACGUCGAAGCAGCUAUCCCUCUGUAACAUAGGUGAUUGGACUAUGCAAGCCUACUGCUCGAUCUGUCAACUUCUUCACGCCGGGAACGAAGAAAAGAGUGAGCAUCAUCAUAAUAACAUUCCAUUCCCUGAAACCAAGCUGACUAGUUCAACAGCUACUUCUUCUUGUGGCACGUCUCUCGCUCUCCUGUUACCUGGAAUGCCGGAAUCCCUGAUUUCCUUGGUGGAGACAAUCUUGAUCUGUCUAGAAGCACGGCUGCUGCUUGUGGUCAAAGGUGCCAAGGAAUACUUCUUCAUGUCAACGAUUGUGGCGUUAGUGAAAGCGAACCUUUGGCCUGCGCAAGCGAACAUGUACAAGCAGGAGGUUGUGGAGAGGGUGAUCUUCUUUGCGCAAACGCUCUUCACGCGUCAUUCCAAUUGCGCUCAUUUGGGCGAUUGGGGAAUGGGAAGCUUCAAGACCAACCAAGUACCCAGUUUAAACGCUAAUCCUGGCAUGGGGCCAACGUUUGUCCCUGACUUCAAUAUGUUCCAACCGACGGCCGAGUUCAAUAUGCUACCGUCUGGGGAAUUAGACCCAUUCUUGGAUGCCUUUGACUGGACGGAUUUGACCGGAAUUACUUUUGAAUGA